CCCCGGCGGAGGCGGCCGCCGUCGAGGGCGCCUUGCGGCGGGGCGGGGGGGGAACGACGCUCCCCUGCGGGCCCGGGAGCGGCACGCUGCCCGCCUUCGAGGUUCAAUAAAUAACUUGUCUCUUGUUCGGCGCUGUGAAACCCAUUCUUUGGACUUGACCAGAUAUUAACUCUGACAGGAAUGAAAAUCUGAAGAUUUUUGUGAACUUACAGCUAUCUAAAGGAAUUGAUGAGCAGGGUUUCACUGUGGUGUUUCAUCUGGAGCUGGUCAUGACAGCCACCAGGAGCUUUUGCUAAAGCUGCAUGUGCCUACCUUCUCAGGAGUUUGGAUAGCUGCUGCACCUUUGAAGAGAGAUUUCCUGUGCUCUUCUUCAAAUGCCUGUGAUAUUUCCACGAGGAACCACCUUUCUGCUUAAAAGAAGUAUAAGCGAUUGGAUUACAACUCUGACAUUUUGGAGCACAAGUGAUGUUAAAACAAUUUGAAUGUAAUAGAGCAUGGCUACUUCUUAAAAUGCAGAAGUUAAAGGAAAUUAUUGCUUAUCAAAACCUACUGAAUAUCUGAAUUCUUUAGACAACCUGCAUUUAGCUGUGUCCUUAAAUGUCAAUGAUUAAGAUCUCAUGCAACCAUUGUAUAUUUUGGAGACUAUUCUCCAAAAGAGAACUGUGCAUUUAAAAAGCAGAAAUGACUGUUUUCUCUCUUGGAACUUACUAAAGUUGAACAUACUGAAGGAUCAUGACCAGCUUGAAGCGGUCCCAGACCGAAAGGGCCGUUGCCACUGGGGUAUCAGUUGGAACAGAUGGCACCUCAAAAGUCCACUCGGAUGACUUCUAUAUGAGGCGCUUUAGGUCACAGAAUGGCAGCUUAGGAUCUGCAGUCAUGGCGCCCGUUGGACCUCCUCGCAAUGAAAGUUCCCAUCAUGUUACCUCUACACCUGGAGUCCCUAAAAUGGGGGUCAGGGCAAGGAUUGCUGAUUGGCCCCCGAGGAAGGAGAACAUCAAGGAAACAAGCAGAUCUAGUCAAGAUAUUGAAACAUCAAGUUGCCUUGACAGCAUGUCUUCUAAAAGCAGUCCUGGGAGUCAGGGAAGCUCUGUUAACCUGAAUGCUAGUGAUUCUGUCAUGUUAAAGAGCAUCCAGAGCACACUUAAAAACAAGACCAGACAAUCUGAGAAUCUAGACUCCAGGUUUCUUACACCUGAUGGCUAUCCCAGUUCCCCAAGGAAAGCUCUUCGCAGAAUAAGACAGCGCAGCAACAGCGACAUUACCAUAAGUGAGCUUGAUGUGGAUAGUUUUGAUGAAUGUAUUUCACCCACUUUUAAAUCUGGACCAUCUCUGCACAGGGAGUAUGGCAGCACAUCUUCCAUAGAUAAGCAGGGAACUUCAGGGGAAAGUUUUUUUGACUUACUGAAGGGCUAUAAAGAUGAAAAGUCUGAUCAGAGAAGCCCAGCCACAACUAAGCUCAGUGAACUCCUGAUUGCCAGUGGAAGCAAGGGUUCAGGAUUCUCUCUAGAUGUGAUAGAUGGACCUAUUAGUCAAAGGGAAAACCUGAGACUCUUUAAGGAAAGGGAGAAGCCCCUCAAGAGACGCUCAAAAUCAGAGACAGGAGAUUCAUCCAUUUUUCGUAAGUUGCGCAAUGCCAAAGGUGAAGGGGAGCUUGGGAAGUCUUCAGAUCUUGAAGAUAACAGGUCAGAAGAUAGCAUCAAGCCUUGGACUUGUCCAAAGUGUUUUGCUCAUUAUGAUGUACAGAGUAUUUUAUUUGAUUUAAAUGAAGCGGCAAUCAACAGGCAUAAUGUUAUUAAAAGAAGGAACACAACCACAGGUGCAUCUGCUGCUGCUGUAGCAUCACUUGUCUCUGGACCCUUGUCCCAUUCUGCAAGUUUCAAUUCUCCAAUGGGCAGCACUGAAGACCUGAAUUCAAAAGGAAGUCUCAAUAUGGACCAGGGGGAUGAUAAAAGCAAUGAACUUGUGAUGAGUUGUCCUUAUUUUCGUAAUGAGAUUGGUGGGGAAGGGGAGAGGAAGAUCAGCCUUUCCAAAUCUAAUUCAGGUUCCUUCAGUGGAUGUGAAAGUGCCUCGUUUGAGUCGACUCUGAGUUCUCAUUGCACAAAUGCUGGAGUAGCAGUUCUGGAAGUUCCCAAGGAGAAUCUUAUUUUACAUCUAGACAGAGUAAAAAGAUACAUCGUUGAACAUGUAGACCUUGGUGCAUAUUAUUAUCGAAAAUUCUUCUAUCAAAAAGAACACUGGAACUAUUUUGGGGCAGAUGAGAACCUGGGUCCAGUAGCUGUGAGUAUAAGAAGAGAGAAGCCAGAGGAAAUCAAAGAAAAUGGACCUCAAUACAACUACCGGAUCAUAUUCAGAACCAGUGAGCUUAUGACACUAAGAGGCUCUGUGCUGGAAGAUGCUAUCCCUUCAACUGCAAAGCAUUGCACAGCCAGGGGACUACCCCUAAAAGAAGUGCUGGAGUAUGUGGUUCCUGAGCUGAAUAUACAUUGCCUAAGGCUGGCCUUCAACACUCCGAAAGUCACAGAACAGCUUAUGAAGCUGGAUGAACAAGGGUUAAGUUACCAGCUUAAGGUGGGUAUCAUGUACUGCAAAGCUGGGCAAAGCACAGAAGAGGAAAUGUAUAAUAAUGAAUCAGCAGGUCCAGCCUUUGAAGAGUUUCUUCAGCUCUUGGGAGAACGAGUUCGACUCAAGGGAUUUGAAAAGUAUCGUGCUCAGCUGGAUACCAAGACUGAUUCAACAGGUACUCAUUCUCUAUACACAACGUACAAGGACUAUGAAAUCAUGUUCCAUGUUUCUACUAUGUUGCCAUAUACUCCAAACAACAAGCAACAGCUUCUGAGAAAACGACAUAUUGGAAAUGAUAUUGUGACAAUAGUUUUCCAGGAGCCUGGAGCACAACCAUUCAGCCCAAAGAACAUUCGAUCCCACUUCCAGCACGUCUUUGUCAUUGUAAGAGUGCACGGUCCCUGUACUGACAGCGUUUGUUACAGUGUUGCUGUGACAAGAUCCAGAGAUGUACCAUCCUUUGGACCACCUAUUCCAAAAGGUGUCACGUUUCCUAAAUCAAAUGUGUUCAGGGACUUCUUACUAGCCAAAGUCAUUAAUGCAGAGAAUGCUGCUCAUAAAUCAGAAAAGUUUCGUGCGAUGGCCACCAGGACCCGUCAAGAGUACUUGAAAGACUUGGCAGAGAAGAAUGUCACCAACACACCUAUUGACCCUUCUGGCAAAUUCCCUUUCAUCUCACUUGCUUCAAAAAAGAAAGAAAAGUCCAAGCCUUAUCCAGGAGCAGAGAUCUAUAGUUCUGGUGCUAUUGUAUGGAGUGUCCAUGCAAAAGACUACAGCAAGGGUAUGGAAAUAGACUGUCUCCUAGGCAUCUCUAAUGAGUUUGUAGUCCUCAUUGAACAGGACACGAAAAGCGUGGUGUUCAAUUGCUCCUGUCGAGAUGUGAUAGGGUGGACUUCAACAGACACAAAUAUCAAAAUAUUCUAUGAGAGGGGUGAAUGUGUUUCUUUGGAGAGCUUCAUCAGCAACAUUGAUGAUAUCAAAGAGAUCGUCAAAAGGCUGGAGCUUGUGACUAAGGGCUGUGAAACAGUGGAGAUGACUCUGCGUAGGAAUGGUCUGGGUCAGCUUGGUUUCCACGUAAACUAUGAAGGCAUUGUGGCAGAUGUUGAGCCCUACGGCUAUGCGUGGCAGGCAGGACUGAGACAAGGCAGCCGGCUGGUGGAAAUCUGCAAGGUGGCUGUAGCCACUCUGAGCCAUGAGCAAAUGAUUGAUCUUCUCAGAACAUCAGUAACAGUAAAGGUCGUCAUCGUCCCUCCGUAUGAGGACUGCACACCACGCAGGAGUUCUUCAGAAAACUACCGUAUGCCCGUGAUGGAAUACAAAGUGAAUGAAGGAAUGUCGUAUGAAUUCAAAUUUCCCUUCAGAAAUAAUAACAAAUGGCAGCGAAAUGCAAGCAAAGGACAGGGACCUCAUGUGGCUCAGGUACCAUCCCAAAUACAAAGUCCAGUAACAUCUAGGAUUGGCUCUGGGAAAGGAGAAGGGAAAAUGCCACCCCCAGAACGAGCAGCCAACAUCCCCCGAAGCAUCUCUAGUGAUGGGCGCCCGCUGGAGAGCCGGAGGUUGUCUCCCGGUUCUGAUGUCUACGUCACAGUUUCAUCCAUUGCCUUAGCACGAUCGCAACAGUGCCGUAAUUCUCCAAGCAACUUAUCAUCCUCAAGUGAGACUGGCUCUGGUGGGGGCACAUACAGACAAAAAUCUAUGCCAGAAGGGUUUGGAAUUAGCCGUAGAUCCCCUGCUUCCAUUGACAGGCAGAACACGCAAUCAGAUACGGGUGGUAGCGGCAAAUCCACACCCAGCUGGCAAAGAAGUGAGGAUAGUAUCGCUGACCAGAUGGAACCAACAUGCCAUCUCCCAGCAGUAUCAAAAGUACUGCCAUCCUUCAGAGAAAGCCCCAGUGGAAGACUGAUGAGACAGGAUCCUGUGGUUCACUUGUCUCCAAAUAAGCAGGGUCAUUCUGACAGCCACUACUCCAGCCAUUCCAGCAGCAAUACUCUCUCCAGCAAUGCCUCCAGUGCUCACAGUGAUGAGAAAUGGUAUGACAGUGGAGAGCGCACCGAAUCAGAGCUGAACAGCUACAACUACCUUCAAGGGACUUCAGCUGAUAGUGGCAUAGAUACCACUUCCUACGGACCUAGCCACGGCAGCACUGCCUCCCUGGGAGCAGCAACAUCUCCCCGUACAGGGCUAACAAAGGAGAAAGUGGCACCUCUGUGGCAUAGCUCCAGCGAAGUGGUCUCCAUUGCAGACAGAACGUUAGAAAAAGAGAGCCACAUGGACCGAAAGACUGAGUCUUCACUGAGCCUGGAUAUUCACAGCAAGAGUCAACCAGCCUCCAAUCCUCUAACGAGGGAGAACAGUGCUUAUAGUCUUAGUGAUGCUGUCUCGCAUACAAGUACCAUGAGCUCACGACACUCUGCCAGCCCGGUGGUUUUCACCAGUGCCAGAAGCUCACCUAAAGAAGAGCUUCAUUCUGCUACUUCUCCCCAGCUCGCACCUUCUUUCUCCUCCUCUUCUUCCUCCUCAUCUGGUCCUAGGACUUUCUACCCUCGCCAGGGUGCUACUAGCAAGUAUCUGAUCGGAUGGAAAAAGCCAGAAGGGACAAUAAACUCAGUGGGGUUUAUGGAUUCAAGAAAACGUCACCAGAGUGAUGGCAAUGAAAUGGCCCACCCUCGGCUGCGUGCUUCAGCAAGAGAUCUACGAGCAUCACCAAAACGAGCAUCCAAGUCCACCGUUGAAGAAGAGCUGAAGAAAUUGAUAGAUCUUGAUAGCCCAACACCUGAAUCCCAGAAGAAUUUUAAGCAGCUCACUGGCACUGACCAGGGAGUAUGUAACUCCAAGCUAACCACAGCAUUUCUUUCUCCGAUGUGGAGCAUGGAGGAAGCUGGGAUGAUGGUGGGGUCACACACUCUGUCCUGUCAGUCUCCCUUUCCCAGCACUCCUACCACAAGGCGUGCCUUGCAAAGGACUUUGUCAGAUGAGAGUAUUUACAGUGGUCAAAGGGACCACUUCUUCACCUCGCGGGCCUCGCUCUUGGACCAAGCCAUGCCAAAUGAUGUACUAUUCACCAGCACGUACCCUUCUCUCCCAAAGUCGCUGCCAUUACGGAGACCAUCAUAUACUUUGGGAAUGAAAUCACUACAUGGAGAGUUUUCUGCCUCAGACAGCUCCCUCACAGAUAUCCAGGAGCAAAGACGGCAGCCCAUGCCAGACCCUGGUCUUAUGCCAUUGCCUGAUUCUGCCUCUGAUCUGGACUGGUCAAACUUGGUAGAUGCUGCCAAAGCCUUUGAAGGUAAGUUUGCAGAAUAUAAUAUUUAGAAAGCUGGUCUUUGUGCAUGCUUCAUUAAGGAGUGGGUUUGGGUGUUUUCUACUUAGUCUGAAGCUUAAGCUCAUUUAAAAUAGCAACUCAAGUCUUAAGAGCCUAAAACUUUGUAUGUAAUACUCAGAUACCAUUUCUUCAUACUGGAAUCCCUCUGUGCUAUGGUUCAGCCAAAUCUCAGUGAAGCUGGCUACUUCUCAUUUUGAGCAGUUGCAGACAUCACAGCUAGAGUGGAAAAGACAUCUGACACGAAAGUGCAAAAGUAAAGUCAAAUAGCAGGGGAAAAGCAUAUGAGUACACUAAUGAUUGCUUGCUUACUGCACUAGCAAGAAGUUUCUGUAGUACAGCUGAAGUGCGCUGCCAAGGUAAUUUGGGAAAUAUGCCUUGUUGUUAUAUACUUUUCCAUUGCUGUUCUUCCCUUUGCAUACGCUGAAUAUGUAGACUUGCACAUAAGUGUCAUUUCAUCCUAUGGCACUUUCCAUCUCCUUGACACUUAGUAAACUGAAGAGAACUAUAAGCUGCCUAGAUGUAUUUGAAUUUAAAAUUAAAUAGACUUCAGCCCAAAGGGAGUUUACCUUACAGUUAAUGUAAUCCGACGGAAAAGUCUUCUAGGUGCCUUUUCCUAAUCUCUGCAUAAAUGCUGUCCCACCUUCAUGAAAGUGUUUUCGCUGAUCCUGAAUCUUUUAGACAUUAUUCUGCAUGGUUGGAGAAGGCUGUGAAGUAACUUCCUUUCUUGGCUGUUCUCUGAUAGUAGCCAUAUACAUCAUUAAGGCAGUGCUUGUCUAAGCUGGUGUUCAAGAUGUACAUGUGUGCUCUGCUCUAUUGCCAUAGGAGUUGUAGGAUCAGCAUGUCUCAUAUUUCUGCUCUGCAGUCUUGGGAAAGAGUAUUCAAAGUAAGCCUUCGUCCUCAAGAGGAGAUGAAUUUGUUGUGAUUGGUUUUUUACCACCACAUAGGGAUGAAACCCAGGUUUUAAUGCAUUUCACAGUGGUCAGCAAUUUCUGUUUAAAAGAUCCCCUUUUUUUGGUUAGAUUUAUUUGACUGUCCUCAUUAACCUGAAUCCCUCGCUUUUGUAGGUCCCAAACUCACUUGUGUUUCUCUUUAGACGUGUGAACAAAGUCAGUGUGGUGAAGGUAACAAACUGACAGCUCAGAUGAAGAAAAGCUGGGGUAAUGUGUUGGCUGGCACCUUCAUCUCACCACUGUAAAAAUAUAUUCAGAUUUGACUUGGAGAGGGAACAGCUGUCUGAUGUCAAUAUAAUCCCAGUCUCUAGUCUCUGCCAGGUGCCAGUAGGGGUUGACAAGUACCAAGCAGCCUAAUUUCUGAUUUGUGAUCCUGGACACCUCUCUUCUACAUUCUUGGUUGGUGUCUUCAGCACAAGCCCCUGCAGUUACAAAUAGUGGUAUCUGCAACCAGCUGAAAAAAAAGCUGCCUGGAUCCCUGAGCUACACCAACCUUCAGUAUUUUCAUUCAAAGGAAAAAAGAGAGGAGCAGGAAAAAUACCAUCAAACACCAAGGCACGUUAAUUUUAGCCUUGUUGAAAGCAUAGAAUAAAAAUUUGCCCAGCAGAAAAGGAUGAUACUGUUCUAUUUCCAGUGAGAGACCAGCAGCUGCUGAGGAAGAGAGAUGUUAAUUUAUAUAAACUAAAAAGUGUUUAUGUUACUGUUUGUGCUAGGAAACUCCAGAGGUAGGUGCAGUUGGGAGUUCACAGUCACACCAUGUGACAGUGAUUUAGAGAUGUGUUAAAACAUCUGAGCAGUUACAGGACAAAAAAGUGUAGACAUAAGGCAGGAAAGAGGUUUCAUGUUUCAAUCUGAAAACGUUUUCUAAGGCAUAAGGAAAAAAUUUCAGGUUCUAAAAAAUUACAUUGGUCAUUUUACUUUCCACAUGUAAGUUGUGCAUAGUGAGCUUUUCUUUCCUCAAGAUAACGCGAUCCUUUAUGGAGUGAAGGAAGCUAAAUGUAGUUACUGAGUUAUUGGGUAGUGUCAUGCAGUUGUACCCAGGAAGUUCGGCACAGCUCUUGUUGUUCCAGCUUGGCUUCUUGCCUCCCUUGGAACUGGCCUUGAGUGGACUCUGUGAGCACCGCCAGAGUAUCUCUGCUUUGCCCUCUUUAGCGUCUCCCUCCUGGAGAGCUUCUUAGCCUGAGGGUGAUGCAUGAUCUGUGUGAGCAUGCAGUGCUUGCUUGUUGAAUCCAAUACAGUGAAGAACCUGGUGCAAACACUUGCAAUGCCUGUUUGCUUCUGUCAAGUGGAUAUUGGUAUGUCAUAUCAUCACUUUACCUUGCUUGAAACAGACUUCUUAGAUUGCUUUGAGAUCCUGCGGUGUAGCUGUUGCACUGUAGCGUGCAUAAACAGAUAAUCAUUACUGCUGCCGUUGUUUUUCUCUGUAUGUUUGCC